AUGACGACCUCCUCCGACUUGAUCGAUUUCGACAUUAUCGAGGCCCAGAAGGAAAACGUCCAAUCAUUACCAGGUGGGAGAUCAGCACGAGAGCUCGCCCGGAUUUUCUCAGGCGGGAGCAAUACCAGCGACAAAUACGCAUCGCCAACACCAAACGACACAAGGACACUGAAUGAUGCCAUUCGUCAAGAAUACGAAAGCGAAUUGCAAGUGAUUGCGGAAUCAGACGAUCCCCUCGAUGUUUACGACCGCUAUGUUAAAUGGACCCUGAACGCGUACCCCUCCGCCCAAGCAACCCCCGAGUCCGGUCUGCUUCCACUACUCGAACGCGCCACAAAAUCUUUCCUCUCAUCAGCGGACUACAAGAAUGACCCACGAUAUCUGCGAUUGUGGCUACACUACAUUAGAUUGUUCUCUGAUGCACCAAGAGAGACAUUCGCAUUCCUCUCCCGUCAUCAUAUCGGUGAAGGAUUGGCGCUUUUCUAUGAAGAAUUUGCUGCUUGGUUGGAAGGUGCGGGGCGUUGGAACCAGGCCGACGAAGUUUACAGGCUAGGUGUGGACCGGGAGGCUCGGCCAGUUGAGCGAUUGUUGCGAAAAUACAGCGAAUUCCAGCAACGAUAUGAGAUGCAGCCACAGGAUGCUGGGCCGUCAUCACCAGCUCUGCCGAAAGUCCGACCUGCGCUGGCUGCGAAAAUGGACCCCUUUGCACCAGCGGAUGGUCCUACGGACCCUCAGGCGGCACGCCCCUCCCCUUCAGCCGCCAGUGCGCCAAAAACGAAGUCUGGAAAGCCAAAGAUGGCUAUUUUCUCGGACGCCGGUGUAGCAAGUGAUAGUCCACCAGCCACGAGUGGAAGGACAAAGGGAUGGGAGAAUAUUGGAUCAAUGGAGGAGCGCAAGAAGGAAAACAGAGUGGAGGCAAAGCCGUGGGCCGGGGAGACUUUGAAGGCAGGGAAGAAGGCAGCGCCUACACAAAAGAUGGCUAUUUUCCGGGACGAGUCAAAUCCAAAUCAACAUCAAGAAACUCAAGAAAAGAGUGCUCCCAAGCACGUUCCGGAACACCAUGUAAGGGAAGCGGUAAAUCCACGAACAGGUCGUCGAGAGCGUGUUUUUGUCGACUUGGAGGCAGUGUAUCCUGACCGCCAGAACCCUGCCCAUGAGAUUAGCUUCGAGGAGCUUCGAGCUAUGCAACGGGGAUGGAUGAGCAAAAAUUGGCGGGCUCAGAAAGAGCCCCUUCAACAGAUAUCCGGAAACGCCGGAGGCUUUGAAUCUCCAGUCUCAAAGCUCAAGGCAACCAAUCCUAAUGAGGAUCUAUCAGAGCCUGAUCUCAGAGCGGGAUUUGAUGACCAAGACCAGGAGCAGAAUGCAUCUUCCGAGGGAAAACCUGGGAAGGCACGACGUUUCAAGGUCAAAGGAGAAACCCAGACCCAGACCAUAAAAAUGAAAUUCGACUCGCCCACCAACUCCAAGGUUCGACGGAAGAGUACCAGGGAGCCGACGAUGACUAUGCAUACCCGCGCCGCAACCGAUGAGAUUUACGACCUGUUCAACCAACCCUUGAAAGCGGAAGCAGAGGAGGAUGUAGAGGACAGCGUAUUCGGCAGCGACUAUGAAGACGAUGACCUCAUUAGCAACGCGGAUAGCACAGUUACUGGACACAUGUCAGCUGCCUCGAGCGACUUUGGCAACGAGGAAACGCAAACCUUCCACAAGUCGUACGAUGAUACUGAAUACGCAGACACCACAAGAGCCGAGAGCAUCGGCGAUGGUGAUUGGACCGAGUUUAGUGUCAGCAAGGAUAUUCCUGCACAUGACACUGGUGAUAUCACAUCACAAUCAGUCUACAGUGAAGGAGUAGCGGAUGAGUCCAACCUAGGAACCCCGGAAAGAGAUCAUUUCGUUCCCCGAAUGCCCGACGACUAUGCUCCGCCAUUUGGUACGUAUAGGGACCCUGCCAUUAUGGCGCAGAAUCGUCUGCCUUUCAUGACGCCCAUCGUGGAACGGACCGAAUGUUCGAUACCCUCGCAGACAGUUGCUCGAGAGGCAUUGUACAGCGCCAAAACGCCUUCGAAGCCACGAUCCCCAGCCGGCAUGCCGCAGAUGGGUGAUCUACUUCUCUCUAGCCCAGUAGGAGCGCCAACACCAUACCAUGGAGACCACACCUUUACAUCUGCAGCUGAUGUCCCAUUCAGCCCGACUGUUUUCAAAGCACUUGCCCCGAAGUCCCGUCGGCGAGGCGAGGCUGUGAUCAAGGAAGCUCAGUGCAAUCCAACUGACAAGGGUAUACGAAACACCAUUCUAAACUCUUUGGAGCCGCCUCUUGCGGCCUACGCCGGAUAUCAUGGCCACGUCAAGGAUAGUAACUACGCCUCUAUGAUCCAAAAGUUUGUCAAGACACAUAUCAGACGCUCUAAGGGUGUUAAUGAGGACUUCGAUACCCCUAUACUGGAGUUUCCCGGGGCAGAGCGAAGCUACAUUGUCCGACGUGAGCUUGGUGCCGGUGCUUAUGCUCCCGUUUACCUAGCAGAGAGCGUAGACAGCCUUGACUCCUACGAUUCUGACUCAGAUAACGAGAACCUAACUUCUGGCAGUCGUUCGAAGACAGCCAGCCCUUAUCAAACUCCUCGGUAUUCAUUCGAGGCUAUCAAGGUUGAGAAUGGACCGUCCAGUGCCUGGGAAUUUUAUAUGAUUCGGACUGCGCAUGACCGGUUGCAGCACUCUGCUGAUCACUCUCGGGCUGCAGAAAGCAUCGUGCGGGCGCAUGAACUGCACGUGCACCAGCGCGAAAGUUUCCUUGUGGAGGACUAUCGAGGCCAAGGCACACUGCUUGAUUUGGUCAAUAUACUUCGCAAUGAUCCCAUUACCUCCAACCACCACAGUGAGGGUGGACUGGAGGAAUCUCUCGCCAUGUUUUUUACUGUUGAGCUCUUGCGCACCGUUGAAGGACUCCACGCGCACGGAAUUCUCCACGGUGACAUCAAAGCUGACAACUGCCUCGUUCGUCUCGACGACUCCAACACUGAAAGUUCUUCGGCCAUCGCGAUGUCCCUUCUUGACUUGAACGAGAAGCCCUCCGAGGAGCGUGAUAGCGUAUACUACUCACCAAGUGGGCACUAUGGUUGGCGAAGCAAGGGCUUGGAUCUCAUUGACUUUGGCCGCAGUAUUGACAUGCACGCAUUCCAACCUUCCGUGCAGUUUAUUGCGGACUGGAAGGUUGGGACGCACGAGUGUAAUGAGAUUCGUGAGGCGCGCCCUUGGACCCAUCAAAUCGACCUUUAUGGCAUCGCUGGUACGAUUCACGUCUUGCUCUUUGGCAAGCAUAUCGAGUCCAUGCCUGCCCGCACCAGUACUGGUGACGCCUCUGCCACUCACACCUACCGUAUUCGCGAGUCAUUAAAGCGAUACUGGGACCGUGAAUUGUGGGCUGAGGUGUUUGAUCUACUUCUUAACCCUGGUGCUGAGCGGUGGGCGCGUAUGGAACGUGAAGGCGGCAAUGAUGCCACUUCAUCGCCUAUUCUGCCUGCACUCCAGUCUAUGCGCCAUGUGCGUCGCAACAUGGAAGACUGGCUCGUUGCAAAUGCGGAAAAGAAGGGACUUGCCCUGCAGCUCCGCAAGAUCGAGGCGUUAUUAGCUGAGCGGAAGAAGAAGCUUGAACGAUCUUGA